UGAAUCUCUAGUCGUGGCGGCAGUCAUGGCGGCUGCGUCGGGUUCAGUUCGCCUACAACGCUGCGUGGUGUCGCCGGCUGGGAGGCACAGCGCCUCUCUGAUCUUCCUGCAUGGCUCAGGUGAUUCUGGACAAGGAUUGAGAACGUGGAUCGAGCAAGUUUUAAAUCAAGAUUUCACAUUCCAACAUGUAAAAGUUAUUUAUCCAACAGCUCCUCCCAGGCCAUAUACUCCUUUGAAAGGAGGAUUCUCCAAUGUAUGGUUUGACAGAUUUCAAAUAUCUAAUGACUGCCCAGAACACCUUGAAUCAAUUGAUGUAAUGUGUCAGGUGCUUACAGAUUUGAUUGAUGGUGAAGUAAAAAGUGGUAUCAAGAAGAACAGGAUAUUAGUAGGAGGAUUUUCUAUGGGAGGGUGCAUGGCAAUGCAUUUAGCAUACAGAAAUCAUCAGGAUGUGGCAGGAGUAUUUGCUCUUUCUAGUUUUCUGAAUAAGACAUCUGCUGUUUACCAGGCUCUUCAGAAAAGUGAUGGUGUCCUCCCUGAGUUAUUUCAGUGUCAUGGUACCGCAGAUGAGUUAGUUCUUCAUUCUUGGGGUGAAGAGACAAACUCAGUGUUAAAAUCUCUAGGCGUGAGGACAAAGUUUCAUAGUUUCCCAGGUGUUUACCAUGAGUUAAGCAAAGCUGAGCUAGAAAAACUGAAGUCAUGGAUUCUUACAAAGCUACCAGACUGAAUGAGUCAAGAUUGAUUUGUUAAUAUGUAAGUAAUGUCUUUAUGAAAAGUGAUUUUUGCUGCCAAAUUCUAAUGUGAUAAACAAUGAUUAAAAUAUUAAAAAAUA